GCUUCGCCAGGCCCAUGUCGUCGUCGCAGCUCCUCAAGCUCCACAGCGUCCUCGACGACGCGUACUUUGAGGUCCGCGGCAGGGCGUGCUCCACGGUUAGCGGUAUCGCGACCACCUUUACGGUCGUCAAGGACCCCAACCUCAUGGACAAGAUGAAGCUCAAGUCGGCGGCGUCGAGCAAGAACAAGGCCGAGCUCUUCGUGCGCAUUGACGUCGGUACGAUUACGAUCACGGCGCAGGGCGCGACGACCGACAUUGCGAUCGCACAAGGCUGCACGGACGUGCAUCUGCGGGGCCGGCGCAGCGUCAUCGUCGCGACGCGCCAGGGCCACGACCAUACGACGCUCGCAUUCAGCGACCGCCUCUCAGCCGUCGAGUUUUGCGGCUGCGUCGGGCUCAUCCAGCACAUUGAGCACCUCCGCGAGCCACGGUACCUUGCCGAGUCGCUCAACCACGACGCGAGCAUGCUCAAGUACACGCGCUUGACGCUGGCAUUUGCCGAAGAGAUGUGGACGCUCGCCAUGUGGCGGGAGCUCUGGCCGUACUCGAAUGUGCUGAGCGCGCUGCGCAGCGUUUUGGCUGCGCUCCCGGACGCGACAAACGUCCAGCGCGUCCGCGCGAUCAACGCGACGCUGGCCGAGGUGCACGACCAGUUUUACGGCCACGCAGCGAUCAACUUCUUCAUGGAGAAGGACGGCGUCCGGUACUACCGCGCUUCAUACGUGGCGCUGCUUGUCGCCAAGAUCAAGGCGCUCCAGACCCACCUCGCCUUCUACAUGUAGGCUACAGGACGAUAUAUAUAUAUAUAUUUAAGGGGGUAAUUCGCCACGUUAUUAUUGACUAAACGACAAUAUUGUCCAUUUCGCAC